GCUGAUGGAGCUGACGACACACCGGUGUUUGUUUUGGUCGCGAGUGACAGUGUGUUUGAAAUUGUGGUGAAAUUUCCGUUGUAAUCGGCUGGUUUUUCGGUGAUAGGAAUUCCUCCUAAUUUCAAACUCAAAGGGAAGCUGGUUCCUAAUAGACCAGAACCAUGGAUGAAAUGAAACUUGUUCCAACAGUUCAGCGGCCUCUAAUCAGACUACCAACCAUCUCACCAACGUCAAUUUCAUCUAUCAUAUCAGAGCAGUACAAAAAUCUUUCCAAGCCUCAGAAGAUUAUAAUCAUUAGUGUUGGAACUGGCUUAACACUGAUUGGUCUCGUAGCUCGUUACUUAAGGAGACGCCGACGAUCACCCAGAAAGUCUGCUUUGUAUAGGCCUGAUGAUCCAAGCCGCAGUCACCGAAAAGUAAAACCUAUCACAAUCCGUAGUCCUUCCGGAGAAAUUCAUAGCGUAGGUGGAAACAUAUCUCCAGGCUAUCAUAGGACAGUCCAUCGACAGAGUUCUGUCAGUAGUGACAGAACUAGCGUGGCCUCUGUCACAACACAGGUCACUGCCACCGGUAACACCUUGACACCUCAGCAGUACGGAGUAAUGGGUUAGUCGUCAUCUGUGGGUUUUCGUUGUUGUGUGAUUGUAGAUGUAUUUGUCGCUUGUGGUGGUAUUAUUGGCAUAAAGCU